CCGGAUGCUGUGAUAUCUACAUCAAUCUGAUACGUAAGGGAUGUUGAAGAAUGUGACACGGCAUAUGAACAUGAAUACGAGACUGGGGAACGCUUCAUCUCGUGUCUGACGUCAAAGGCAACCUCACAUAUCUCCCCGCAACGACCCAUCCCGAAUCUAACUCAUCGUUCCUAUUCGCGUUUUCCUCAUCGCCCUCAUGUUUGUCCAAGGUAGUCAACCCUGAGCUCAAGCCGGAAAGAUAAUAAGAAGAAUCCACUCGUCCGUCUGUAUCAAUCAUGGACGAGAGAGCCCGCAUCCCCGUUACCCUCCCAGUCCCGAACCCAACGCCCAGCUACUGGCACUCGCCACCGUCCCGUCUCGCAACCUACAACUCCAGCCCAUCACCACCCUCAGAGACCGAUACUUUGAUCAUAGGGAGUGGCAUCACCGGCGCAGCCAUAGCGCACUUCCUCCUCUCCUCAGACCAUGCAUCGGUUGCGUCCCCGGACAUCACCAUGCUUGAGGCUCGCACCCUCACCUCUGGUGCGACGGGUCGCAACGGCGGCCACACCAAAGCCGCAUCCUACCGAUCAUUUCUUCAUCACGCCGAGACGCUUGGGACAGAAGCAGCUUGCCUCAUUGCCCGUCUCGAACUUGCCAACAUUCGAGCCGUUCAUGCCUUCGCCGCAUCACAUCUGAAGCACAAGGAGACGGAGAGUAGACCCUGCCAGACGGUCGACGCGAUAUACGACAAGGCACAGUGGGAAUCCGACAAGAAGGCCGUAGAGGCGAUGAGGAAGGCCAUGCCCGACGACGACGCAUCAAAGUACGAGUUUUAUGACGUCGAGGAGAUGAAGACCCGGUUUCACGUUGCAAAAGAAGGGCUAUACGGAGGCAUCGGAUACGAAGCCGGAAGCAUCUCUGGAUACCGCUUCACCGCCGGCGUGCUGGAGUUAUGCGUCGACAAAGGCAUGAAGCUCUUCACAGAGACACCAGCACUGAGCGUCAAGAAAAUCGAACAAGGUGUCUCCACGAGCAACCAUCGCUGGAUAGUCGAGACACCAAAGGGACAAAUCAAGGCUCGCCGCGUCAUACUCGCAACAAAUGGCUACACCGCAUUCCUCCACCCGCGCUUCCAAGAAGCCAUCGUCCCGAUGAGGGGCCAGAUCACAGCUCACCGCCCGGGCUCCAAGAUGCCAAAGGCGGGCCUGGCGACGACCUACAGCUUCAUCUACGAGGCCGGCUACGAGUACAUGAUCCCCAAACCGGCAGGCACGCAGUUCGCCGGCGACAUCGUCAUCGGCGGCGGCCUAGUCCGCGCUCCCGACCAAGGGCUGGGCGAGUACGGCACGACGGAUGACUCGCGGCUGAACCCCAUCAUCAGCGCAUACCUGCGCGAGACGACGCCGCGCUAUUUCGGCGACGAUUGGGGCGACGAUGUCCCCGAGGGCGAGGGCGGCGGCAGGGUGCGCGCCGAGUGGACGGGCAUCAUGGGCUUCAGCCCCGACGGGUUCCCAUUCGUGGGAGAGGUGCCGGGCGAGGACGGGCUGUGGGUUUGCGCGAGUUUUCAGGGACACGGUAUGGUGUUUUGCUGGAUGUGUGCGAAGGCGCUGGCGGCGGAGGAGGCAGAGAAGCAGCUUGGCAGCUGGUUUCCCGACGCAUUUAGAAUUACAUCUGCACGCCUGGCGCGUAGAUUUACAGGGAGGGUGAAUCACUCGACGGCUGGAUCCGCUGAUCGGACAUAA